CAUCUUGAAUGACAACAGAGGCGGAGCUCUGACUGACAUGUUCAUUAAGGGCCGGGCUCCAAGGGCACCGCCCCGAGAGCGACUGAACGCUAACCGCGGCGUGGCGGGGCCGGCAGCCGUAGCCCCGCCCCCGGCUCUGGGCUCCACCUUUCGGCCCCACUUCCGUCGGGCGAGAGGCUUUAGGCGUCGCUGCCGUAAGUCGGGGAGGAGGUUUGCCGCAUCACGGAAGAUGGCGGCCGCGGCGGUGAACGGGUCGCCCGGCGCCUCGGGCUCAGGGCCUGCGGCGGCCUCGGGCGCAGUCCUGCAGGUCGCGGCCGGCAUGUACGAGCAACUUAAGGGCGAGUGGAACCGCAAAAGCCCCAAUCUUAGCAAGUGCGGUGAAGAGCUGGGCCGUCUCAAGCUGGUUCUGCUGGAGCUCAACUUCUUGCCAACCACAGGGACCAAACUGACCAAACAGCAGCUCAUUCUGGCCCGUGACAUUCUGGAGAUUGGGGCCCAGUGGAGCAUCCUGCGCAAGGACAUCCCUUCCUUCGAACGCUACAUGGCCCAGCUCAAAUGCUACUACUUUGAUUACAAGGAGCAGCUCCCCGAGUCAGCCUACAUGCACCAGCUCUUGGGCCUCAACCUCCUCUUCCUGCUGUCCCAGAACCGGGUGGCUGAGUUCCACACGGAGUUGGAGAGGCUGCCUGCCAAGGACAUCCAAACCAAUGUGUACAUCAAGCAUCCUGUGUCCCUGGAGCAGUACCUGAUGGAGGGCAGCUAUAACAAGGUGUUCCUGGCCAAAGGCAACAUCCCUGCUGAGAGCUACACUUUCUUCAUUGACAUCCUGCUUGACACUAUCAGGGAUGAGAUUGCUGGGUGCAUCGAGAAGGCCUAUGAGAAAAUCCUUUUCACUGAGGCCACCCGGAUCCUCUUCUUCAACACACCCAAAAAGAUGACGGACUACGCCAAGAAGCGAGGGUGGGUUCUGGGCCUCAACAACUACUACAGUUUUGCCAGCCAGCAACAGAAGCCAGAAGAUACCACCAUCCCCUCCACGGAACUGGCCAAACAGGUCAUCGAGUAUGCCCGGCAGCUGGAGAUGAUCGUCUGAGCCAUCAGGGGCUGGGGUGGGGCAGGGCUUACGUUAUUUAAAGCAGUUGCAGUGCAGGGCUCCCCCCAAUAAAGGUGGAUUGACAUUCUCUCUUCCAGGCCCUUGUCUCCCCGGGCGGAAUGAUGGAGAGACAAGUUCCUUAUCUCUGAAGAACUUAGAAGUUGGGGGGCCCUCUGCGGUCUGAGAUAACCCUCUGUUGGGUCAGCCUCUGUCCAGUGGCCAUUGCUCAGGGUUUCAAAACAGCUGCCCACUGCAGGGGCCCAGUUGCAGAAGGAGCCCCGGUCCCAGGCAGAGGGACGGUAGUAGCCAGCCGUGGACAUACAGGGAGGCCAAGCUAAGGCUCGAGUUUUUCAGCGAAGGGGGUGAAGCAUCACAAUUUUAAAAAUGUUUGCAACUAAUUAAACCAGUUUGUUAAAUGA